AUGUCAGCUGAUGUGUUGGAUAAUCUUGAGAAAGAGGAAUUUUUGAACUGGAGACGAUCUUUAGCUUUGUUAGAAGAAAAAGAUGGCAUAACUCUUACUCCUUUUGAGCGAAAUUUAGAAUUCUGGCGUCAGUUAUGGCGUGUUGUUGAACGCAGUGAUGUAGUUGUACAAGUGAUCGAUGCACGACAACCACUUUUAUAUUACUGUGAAGAUUUGGAGAAAUAUAUACAUGAAGUGGAUCCAAACAAAACAUCUGUGGUACUUGUGAAUAAGUCUGAUUUCCUUACUGAACAACAACGUUCUGUAUGGGCACAAUAUUUCAACACCAAUGGUAUUAAUGCAAUAUUUUGGUCUGCUACUCUAGCCAGUGAACAAAUACUCGGAAAAGGUGUUAAUACUAAAUCCCAGUCUAAUACUGAACAAGAAGAGAAAAGUGAUGAGGUCAGUGAAGAAAGUGAAGAUGAUUUUGUAGAGAAUUCAACUGAUUCAGAUACUGACAGUGAGGCGAGUACAGUAACCCUCUCUGGAAACAUCAGUAAUGAACAGGAGGUUUGUCCUGUUCAGUGUUCAUCACAACCAUCAGAUAAGUCGAACUGCAAUGAAUCCACUGUUUCCAGUAGUGUAAAUAAUACAGAAACAUCCACUGAAUCUAAUUCAGAAGUUACAUCUUGUCCUGUAGAUUCAGGAGCUAACGUUGAAACAUGCAAUCCAACUCAUGGUGAAGUUAAUUCAAAGCUUGUUGGAGUUGAAGAAUUAUUGGAUCUACUUACACAAAAAUAUAGACCAUCAAAUUAUCAAUCGAAAAAUCCUUUAACUGUUGGUUUCAUUGGUUAUCCAAAUGUUGGGAAGUCAAGUACACUCAAUGCAAUAUUAGGUCAUAAAAAAGUUUCAGUAUCAGUUACACCAGGGAAAACAAAACAUUUUCAGACUAUAUAUGUUCGAUCAGAUUUAAUACUUUGUGAUUGUCCAGGAUUGGUUAUGCCUUCAUUUGCUUAUUCAAAAGCAGAUUUAAUUGUUGCUGGGAUAUUAUCCAUAGAUGAAAUGCGUGAUUAUUUAGCGCCGAUUGGUUUAGUUUGUGAAAGGAUACCACGUGAUGUAUUAGAAAUCAUGUAUGGAAUUAAUCUGCCGAAAUGUCAAGAUUCACAGUUGGAGAAUAAGCCAAGUCGAACUUUGACACCACAUGAAUUAUUAGCUGCUCAUGCAUUUAUGCAUGGCUUUAUGACAGCUAAAGGUAAUCCAAAUUAUGAUCGUUCAGCAAGACUUAUAUUAAAAGAUUAUGUAAAGGGUAAACUCUUAUACUGUUAUCCACCUCCAACUGUCACUGAUCCUGUUGCAUUCCAGUCACUUGGAAGAGAUGAUGGUCUACCUUGUGGAGUAGGAUAUUUUCCUGAUCCAUCUAAAGCUGAAAGAUUUAUUAAACGAUUUGAAGAGAAAAAUAAAAGUGCAGGGAAUGAAUGUGUUGAUGAGAUUGUGACUGAUUUCGAUCGAUUAGUGUUUAAAGAGAAUCGGUGUCCACGUCAACUUAUGAAAUCUAAUAAACGUAUGCCUGUCUUACGUUCUCAAAUUAACAAGUCAACCAUUAAUGGUGAUGGGGAGGAGGAUGAUGAUGAUGGUGCCUCAUCCACUGCAUCUUGGAGCACUGUAGGCUCAGUUGAAACUGUUAGCAAUUUAUCCUGUAUCAGUAACGGGACAACACAAAUAAUUCUAGAAGAUGCAACAAUGAAAAAACCUUGGCGUUUAUUAAGUCAUUCGAAACAUUUGAGUUCAGCGCACCAUUUACCGUCUGCAACAAAUCCAAUUGGAACUACUGGGAAACAGCAACAUGUUAAAUCGAAAAAGCGUAAGGAGAAGUUACGUCGUGUCUAUCGUUAUCUUGAUGAACAUGAAAGAACAUGAAGAAAGGCGAAAUUUUACUGUCUUCUCUAACACCCUUUCUGCAUAUACUAAUUUAUUUCAUCUGCAAUAAUUUUUACUUUUCUGAGAUUUGUAUAAAUUUUAUUAUUUUGUAAAUAAUAAAAUGCUGCUCUUGGA